UGUGACGUUUGUGACUACAAAGGCUCUUCCGCACAACUUUAAUUUAAAAAAACAACAAGAACAAUCGUCAUGGCUUCCAUGGUUCCCAUUAAGAUUGGAAUAAUUGGUGGUUCAGGCCUUAAUGAUCCAGAUAUCUUGGAGGGGAGGACUGAGCGUUAUGUCGACACACCGUAUGGAAAGCCAUCCGAUGCUCUGAUACUGGGGAAGAUAAAAAACGUGGAAUGUGUGCUCCUUGCAAGGCAUGGGAGACAACACACUAUAAUGCCGUCCAAUGUGAACUACCAGGCCAACAUCUGGGCACUGAGAGAAGAGGGCUGCACACAUCUGUUGGUCACCACGGCCUGUGGCUCACUCCGAGAGGAGAUUCAGCCAGGAGACAUUGUCAUCAUAGAUCAGUUCAUUGACAGGACUACCAAGAGAGCUCAGACGCUGUAUGAUGGGCAGCCCACCAGUCCUCCAGGAGUGAGUCAUAUCCCUAUGGCUGAGCCUUUCUGUAACAGAACCAGAGAGGUCCUGGUGGAGGUGGCGCGGAGCCUGGGAGUCAAGUGUCACGUUCGAGGGACUAUGCUGAGCAUCGAGGGGCCGCGCUUUUCCUCGCGGGCUGAAAGCCUGAUGUUUCGCCAGUGGGGCGCUGACGUCAUCAACAUGACCACUGUGCCAGAGGUGGUCCUUGCCAAGGAGGCCGGCUUGUGCUAUGCGAGCAUUGCCAUGGCAACAGACUAUGACUGUUGGAAGGAGCAUGAGGAGGCGGUCUGUGUUGACAACGUUCUGAAGACGAUGAAAGAGAACGCCAACAAAGCAAGCAGUAUCCUGCUGACUGCAAUACCUCAGAUUAGUCAGAUGGACUGGGCUCAGACAAUGAAGACCUUGAAAUCAAUGGCACAAUCUUCGGUAAUGUUACCAAAACACUAAGCGUGUAGAAAAACAAUGAGGUAGGAAAGGAUCCAAGACACCACCCGCACCGACACGGACAUCCGAUUCAACUCUGCCUGUGGAUUUGUCAUCAGUGAAUCACAGAAAAGUGCCUCACAUAUAUAAUGUAUAAUGCUCUCUGCAUGUGCUCUGUCUUCAGCUGGAGUCUCCGUGUUCUUUCUUGACUCAAAAUACACAUAUAACCGUCACAAUCACCCCUUUUUCACUGAAACACCUAGUAACCCACCAAAUGUUCAGGUACGAAAAGAUUAACAAAGAAGUCUUCUAAAUAUUAUACUAGAUAUUAUUCUUUGUGGAUUUAUAUGUUUUGUGGUCCGUAAUCUUUUAAAUUGAUAUAUUUGCCUGUAAACCAUGGGUGCAGUAACAGCAAUGGGUUAUUGCUGUUACUACAGGAUACAAUAACAAUGCUUUGCGACUUUAGCACAUGAAUACUUCAUGCUGUUUAGUUACAACAAAUAUCCUUUUAAAGUCAAAUCUGAUGUCUUAAAAGUAUCAGAUGAAAUAUUUUAAAUGCCUGGAUACACGUCAGAAAAUGUUUAUCUAUACUUUUUCCAUAUUUUGUUAAAUACUUUCAAACGUAUUGCUCUUCAUGACUGAUGCAAACUCUUUUCCAGAGAUCAUUAAAUCAGCUAACUGACA